AUGGAUUCAUCGCCAUUGAUUUCGAGUCACGCGACAUCGUACACGGCGAACUUUGAAAAAUUGGAAGGUUCAUCCAAUUUUCAUACUUGGAAAUUUUCCAUCAAGAAUAUUUUAAUACUUGAAGGAUUGUGGGACGUCAUAGAGGGAAGCGAUGACGACGUGGUACGCCAACAGCGCGCGCUUGCGCGUAUCUGUUUAUCAGUGAAGAAAGAAUUAUAUCAAUAUGUACGAAACGCGACAUCGGCUGCUGCAGCUUGGAAAAAUCUCGCCGAGGUAUUUGAAGACAGGGGCUUAUAUAGACGUGUUUUGCUGUUAAGGAAGUUGCAUCGUGUUGAGUUCACCGCUUACAGUUCUAUGAAUGCAUAUAUUGAAAAUGUCACCACACUAGUUCAGCAACUCCAUGACAUUGGAAGAACAAUAGAAGAUGCAGAGAUUGCUGAAAUUCUUCUUAGUGGAUUACCAUCAGAAUAUGACACUCUUGUAUCAGGACUCUCAACAGCAACAGUGACAAAUCAAAUAACAAGUGAACUUGUCAAAGCUCGCCUGCUUCAGGAAUAUUCGAGGAAGACUUCAUUGGGAGACACUGCUGCUUACAUAACGAGGAAAAAAGCACCUUUAUUCUGUGAAUUUUGCAAGAAGAGGAAUCACAGAAAAUCUCAGUGUUUCAAAUUGAAGAAAAUGAAGAGUUCAAGGCCUGCUAGCAUAGAGACAAUUAGUCUAGCCUCAGCGUUCGUUGCCCGUUUGUCUUCACAAGUGUUUGUGCUUGACAGUGGCGCUAGUAGCCAUAUGGUAAAUAAUAAAAGACUUUUAUGCAAUUUUGUGCCAGAUGAUCAGGCUAUUACUAUUGCAAAUAAUGAACAAAUAAAAAGUGAAGGGCAAGGGCAAGUUGAUUUAAGAUUUAAACAGCGGGAUGAAGACCUUAAAAGCUACCUUACCGGAAUUAGUCCAUUGAUUGCACUUACAAUCUUGUCGGCUACCUCAAUAGCAGCGCUAUCAUUGGCGGAGACCUGCGAAGCGUGCACAGACGGCAGUGGAGGCGUCACACACGUCGUUCGCGAUGUAGAUGGUGCACGCGACACUAUGGUGCCAACCGCCGGACCCGGCGACUCCACACGGGCUGCCCGCCAAUGG